AUGAACAGAGGACUUGAUGAGGAUGCGAAACUUUUACAAGAUCCAAACAAAUUGUAUGAAUACCUUUUGGACAAUAUUGAAAGCAUGAAUCAAAGUCUCACUGACGAAGCAGAUUUUCUUAACAACGAUAUUAAAGCCUGCCAUGAACAUAUUGAAAAGAUCAAAGAAAAAUUCUUGAAAAAGAUUGAAGAAUUUUCGAAGAAGCUUGAAGACAUUCGUAGACAAAAUGAAGAACUAUCAGGAGCAAAUAAGAAUGUCUUGGAUGAUGCUUCGAGCAAAAUUAAUGACCUGUUCGAAUCAAAACGAUAUACGGAAGCUCUAGAAGAAUAUCGAGCAUAUGAAAAACGUUUCAACGAACGCAAAAGGCUGAAAAAUGAAAUGCUCAACUUCCGUCGAAAUGAACAGGAUAUCGAUCGAUUCUUUUCAACGAAUUCUCCACUAAACGAGCCUCCGGUACCAUCAUCAAAUCCAGUACCAUCUGCCACUAACACGAUGUCUGUGGAGAUCGGCGACGAAGAUGAUGAAGUAUAUACUCCUAAAAAACAAGAACUACGUCAAAAAAAGAAACUUGACAAAGAUGAUUUUGGGAAUGAGGAUGACGGCAUGAAAACAGAAGAUGCACAGCAGCAUUUAUCAACUUUUGGAAUUCGUUCAAAUCGCGUAGAUAAACAGUCGCAACCAACACUCACGCUAGCUAAUACUAACACGACAGUCAAUAAUCCAUCUUCGACAUCAAAUUCAACUGUUCAACCAAAAUAUACCAUAAGCAACAGACUACGAUCGACAUCGAGUAAUACGAAACAAUCAUCGUCCAAUCGUAACCUUUCUGCUGCUUCUUCCACUAAAAAUAGCCAACUAGAACCUCUAAACAUGAAACCGGUUGUUCUAUACAAACUUGAAGACAAUCAUUUUCUGUUGAUGACUUGCACGACGAACGACAUUAUCCUAUUCAAAUGUCAAUGUAAUCGAUUAGAUCGAUGGCGUUUAGACUUGAUCGAGCGACGUACUCAUAGUACUGCUAAGCUCGAAUGGCACGACGGCUUGAUCAUAUCGAUGGGUUCGAUUGACAAACAACAAAUCUAUAUGUUCACUGAAAAAGGAUUUCAUACUUUUUAUAUUCGAUCUGAUCGUCGCGGUAUAUCACGGAUCUUGCCACGAGGUAAUGAUGAUGGGUCAGAUAUUGGUAAUUAUUCGUACAAUUCGCCUGAACGUGGAAUUGGUCUUGUUCACGAGAAACAUAUGUAUCAUAUAUUUUUAAAUCGUAAAAGUCGUUGGACACUAUCACAAUAUUUACUGGAUACUGUUGCUCAUUUGUAUAAUUAUGACUUAGCAGCGUUAUUUCCCGAUGUUGAACGUUUUAUUCAAUUUUGCAUUACUGAUAGAACCAUGAAUUUUCUCGUGCAAUUGUCGGAUUCAUCGUAUGCUGUUGUAUUUUGUUCAGCGAAUGACUGUAGUGUCAAUGACUCCCUACGACCAGUUAUUUUACCCAAUGCUCAUCAACCAUUAACAAUCUGCCCUGUUUUUAUUUCGGCCAGAAACGAAUACCACUUUUACAUCAACGAUCCAUCCACUGAUACUCUACAUGUAAUCAAUACCGAUGGAUAUCUAUAUCACCAUCAAGUAAAAGCUUAUGCGAUAUGUUAUGUGCGAGAAAGCCAAGAAUUAUUGAUUGUAACAGAAAAUUCCAUAUGUUCGAUCGAUAUCAAUUGA